AUGUCCGACUCGAAGCUUACUCGUAUUGCGAUCAUCAACUCUGACAAGGUCUGUCUCAAAACUACCCCGCCAACAUUCUUUGCGCGCGGAAAGCCUUUGACCAACGCGUCCAAGAUUGCCUUCAUUUCCGAGAGCUUGUGUAUCGGUUGCGGUAUCUGUCCGAAGAAAUGUCCCUUUGGCGCCAUCCACAUUAUCAACUUGCCCACCAACCUAGAGACUCAGGUUACCCAUCGAUACUCGGCCAACAGUUUCAAGCUCCAUCGUCUUCCUAUGCCCCGUCCCGGUCAAGUUCUUGGUCUUGUUGGAACCAACGGUAUCGGCAAGAGUACAGCAUUGAAGAUCUUGAGUGGCAAGCUGAAGCCUAACUUGGGUCGUUAUGACAACCCGCCUGAUUGGGAGGAAAUCUUGAAGUAUUUCCGUGGAUCCGAGCUGCAGAACUACUUUACCAAGGUUCUGGAGGACAACUUGAAGGCUGUGGUCAAACCUCAGUACGUCGAUCAGAUUCCCCGGGCUGUCAAGGGUCCCGUCAAGGGAGUACAGGACCUUAUCAAGGCGCGUGAUUCUUUGGGCACUAUGGACGAGAUCAUGAGCGUUCUUGAGCUGAAGCAGGUCGCUGAUCGUGACAUUGAUCACCUUUCUGGUGGUGAACUGCAACGUUUCGCUAUUGGUUUGGUUUGUGUGCAGAAGGCUGAUGUCUACAUGUUUGACGAGCCUUCGUCUUAUCUUGAUGUCAAGCAGCGUCUGGCUGCUGCCCGCACCAUCCGCAGCCUCCUUCGUCCUGAUGACUAUGUCAUUGUCGUGGAGCACGAUUUGUCAGUUCUUGACUACCUCUCUGAUUUCAUUUGUGUACUCUAUGGUCGUCCUGCUGUCUACGGUGUUGUCACCCUGCCCUCUUCGGUCCGCGAAGGUAUCAACAUCUUCUUGGACGGUCACAUCCCCACUGAGAACCUUCGUUUCCGCGAGGAAUCGCUCACUUUCCGCCUGACUGAGGCUGGUGAUGACUUCAUUUCCGACAAGGCACGUGCUUUCGCCUACCCUGCUAUGGAGAAGACUCUCGGCGGCUUCCACCUCAAGAUCGAUCCUGGCAGAUUCACAGAUUCAGAAAUUAUCGUCAUGAUGGGUGAGAACGGAACUGGAAAGACCACUUUCUGCCGUAUGUUGGCUGGUGCUGAGAAGCCCGAUGGUCUCAUUUCCGUCCCCAAGAUGAACAUUAGCAUGAAGCCUCAGAAGAUUACCCCCAAGUUCCAGGGUACCGUUCGUCAGCUGUUCUUCAAGCGUAUCAAGGCUGCUUUCCUCUCGCCUCAGUUCCAGACCGACGUCUACAAGCCCCUGAAGCUUGAUGACUUCAUUGACCAGGAGGUUCAGAACUUGUCUGGUGGUGAAUUGCAGCGUGUUGCCAUUGUCCUGGCUCUUGGUAUGCCUGCUGAUCUUUAUCUGAUCGAUGAGCCUAGUGCCUACCUGGACUCCGAGCAGCGUAUCGUGGCUGCCCGUGUCAUCAAGCGUUUCAUUAUGCACACCAAGAAGACAGCUUUCAUCGUCGAGCACGAUUUCAUCAUGGCUACCUACCUAGCUGACCGUGUCAUUGUCUUUGACGGUAAGCCCUCCGUGGACGCUCAUGCCAACACCCCGGAGUCUCUGGUCACUGGCUGCAAUAAAUUCUUGAAGAACCUGGAUGUCACUUUCCGCCGUGACCCCAACAGCUACCGCCCCCGUAUCAACAAGUACCAGAGUCAGAUGGACCAGGAACAGAAGUUGGCUGGCAACUACUACUUCCUGGAGGAAGAGAACUAA